AUGGAGAGAAGGCAGGAAAGAGAUGGCGGUGAGGGGGUGGCAGAACGGGAACCUGGUGGCAGGGGGCUAAGGCUGAGGAGGGAGAUUGGCUUGUGGAGUGCUGUGUCCCUGACUGCUGGCUGUAUGGUCGGUUCUGGUAUCUUCAUGUCACCACAGGGGGUCUUGGUCUACAUGGGCAGCCCCGGGGCCAGUCUUGUGGUCUGGGCAGUCUGUGGUCUCCUGGCCAUGAUGGGCGCCCUGUGCUAUGCUGAGCUGGGUGCUCUGGUACCCAAAUCUGGGGGGGAGUAUGCCUACAUCCUGCAAAUCUUUGGCUCCUUGCCAGCCUUCCUGGUUAUCUACACGUUUGUGCUGUUGGUCAGACCAGCCGCCAUCGCGGCCAUCUCUCUGAGCUUUGCUGAGUAUGCAGUGGCUCCGUUCUACCCCGGCUGCUCCUCGCUGCCGCAGGCUGUGCUCAAGGCUGUGGCAGCCAUCUGCAUCCUGUCGCUGAUGCUGGUCAACGGCAGGAGCUCGAGGCUGGCCACCAUGCUGACGAACGUGUGCACGGUCGCCAAAGUGUUCUCGUUGUUGGUCAUCGUGGGGGGUGGGGCUGUGGUGCUGGGCCAGGGCCGCGGCUACACGGACGCCUUUCUGUUCGCCUUCCACAAUACCACGCAGCAGCCCGGGCGCAUCGGUAUGGCCUUCUACCAGGGACUGUGGUCCUUUGAUGGCUGGAAUAAUGUCAACUACGUGAUGGAAGAGCUCAAGAAUCCGAAGCAAAACCUGGUGUGGGCGCUGCUGAUCGCCAUCCCUCUGGUCACCAGCCUCUACCUCCUGGUCAACAUCAGUUACCUGCUCGUGUUGUCAUCCAAUGAGAUCCUCUCCUCUAAUGCUGUGGCCGUGAGCUGGGGGAACCAGGUGCUGGGAGCCUGGGCCUGGCUGGUACCCUUGGCUGUCACACUCUCCACGUUUGGCUCCGUCAAUGGGAUCUUCUUCGGUGGAAGCCGUGUGUGCUAUGUGGCUGCAAGAGAGGGCCACAUGCCCCAACUUCUGUCCAUGGUUCAUGUGCAUCGCCUCACACCAACUCCCGCCCUGAUGUUUACCACCGCAGUGGCUCUGGUCCUGGUCAUCCCAGGAAACUUCAGCACCAUCGUGAACUUCUUGAGCUUUCUUGGCUGGAUCACCUAUGGAACCACCAUUGGCUGUCUCUUGUACUUGCGGAUAAAGAACAAGAAUCUUCCUCGACCUUACAAGGUCCCCACCAUCAUCCCUGUCAUCAUGCUCCUUGCUUCUUUCUACCUGGUGCUGGCACCCAUUAUUGAGCACCCCCAGACCGAGUUCCUGUACAUCUUCCUGUUCCUGCUCAGUGGCAUCCCGGUCUAUUUCCUGCUUGUCUAUUUCCGAUGCCAGCCCAAGUGGUUGCAGAUGGCCACCCUGUAUCUCCAGCUGCUCCUGGAAGUUGCUCCAACUGUUAAAAAUGUGGACUAAAGGACUGGACAGGUGCGCACUGCCCUUCUUGCUGCAGACAUGUCUGUCCCCACGCAGGUGGCCUUGCCAGAUUUUCUGUAGGUUGUGCAUAAUUCCAAUGAGUGAAUGGAAAGCUAAAUACAGCUACUGUGAAGCUUUGGGGGGUAUCCAACCAGGACAGCAUCCCCCUUUCUCUAAGAACUGUGCCUCCAGUGCAGGCAGAUCUCACAGUC